GUUAGAUUGUGUCUGCAUGAGAUAAAGUGACGUUUAUAACUGUUUUAUUUGGUUUUGAAAAACAAAGAAGUUAUAGUGAAUUUGUAGACAAGUUUCUAGUUACAAUAAUUAUUGUUGAUAAAUCGUUUGUAGAUAUUGCGUUUGUACACAAAUAAUUAAUAAUACCAAUACUAUUACUAAUAGUAAUAGUGUAUUUUUACAUUUUUUGUAAUUCUCUUACUUUUGCUUUACCUUAAGUUCUAACUUAGAAGUUAGAGUAAUACUAGUAUUAGUUGUAGUUACCCGUUAUAAUCUCACAUUCAGACUUAGAACCUAACCUCGAAGUCAUAUCAAUUGACUCAGAGUGAUCAAGUUUAUGUGAGAUGCAGUUAAUCUUGAAAUUGAAAAUUGUCAUUUGAGAAUGAACAGGCCAGAUUUUCAUAAUGGAUUUUCGGAUGCACGCCAUGUCACUACCAUUCCCAUUGAUUACCAAAGGCGGGACUACCCUGUUGCUCGAACUACAAGGUAUGCUGAGGAUCCAGAAUGGGAAUUACCUCAUCGGCGACCUCCUGUAGCAACAGGUAUUAACUACCAUAAAAUCCAACACAACACUCAGCCUCAUGGAGCACCUGGCCAUCAUCCACCACAAAACCCCCAUUCAAUACCUGUAGGGGCUACAUAUUCUCCUCAGACAAACAUUACAACUUUGCAUGUUCAUGGAGGGACAUACCAUCCUCCCCAACAAGUACCACUGGGUGGAAUGAGUUUUUAUAGUCCAUCACAUAGCCAUAGUCCAAAUUACCACUCAACACAGCCACAGACUGUAAGGGCACAUCAGUCAGUGCCAAGAUACCCACCUGAACAAAGACGCACAGAGGAUGAGUGGAAAAAUAAUGACUACACUGGUAUCCAGGAAGUCACAAGUAAGUAUUUCCUUUUGUAA